GUUUUCUUUGUACUUUACGACACGAUUUGAUCUAUUCCAUUGGGUGGUGGUAGAUCUUUUCCUUUGAAAAUACUUUUGAAUUAAACUUUUUACUGAAUCUUUCACGUUCCCGACUGAUAACGUAUCAUGUCUCUCUCAAACGACCUGUCUUCUGCAUUGCCUGCUACCGACCCUUUGUGCGGCCUGCUCACACUUCCGGUGGACUUUACCGUGAAUCCUCUUUCUCUUACAACGACGACAAGUGAUGAUUCUGGUGAUGACACAACCAGGUUAUCGUUGGAUGACAAGACUCAAAAGACCAAGGAUCGGAUUUUACGUAAUCGUGCGGCCGCUCAAGCUUCUCGUGACAAAAAACGACGCUAUGUGGCUGAUUUGGAGUCCAGCAAUAAGCAACUAAAAGAAGAAAACGAGCAAGUGACCAAACGUGCCAAAGUGUUGGAAUCUGAAAACGCACUCUUGAAAGCCGAAAUGGAAGAAUUACGACGUCAACUCACUGGACUAGAAGGACAAAUCCAAUUUGGUGAUAAUGCUUCCGCCUUGUUUCACAGCUUUUGCGAUUCAGCACGGAUCGCAAGAAAGAAUCUCAUUACUCGCUUCGGGAAGAAUCCAGUGCAAACCUGCCGUCGUCUGUGCCAAUGA